CGAAUGCAAUCCGGAAUGAUGGUGGAUCCCAAGUUUGCCAGAGCAUGUGAUGGCAUUGGUGAGCCCACAUGGCUAAUGGAGAUUUGUUUGAGUUACAAUCAGAGAGGAAGAGGCGAAGCAAGAGCUUUCAUCUGUGCAAAAUAAGCCCAAUGCAUUUUUAUGGGCUUAUUUUGGACCUAAGCUUGUCGUCUGCCUUCCCAGCUUUAGGAGAAAGACACCAAUUGUUAGGGUUGAGACAUGAGCACCUCGUCAUUAUAUACAGAUCUGUUACAAUGGAGAUUUAGAGAAAAUGAACGCCUGCCACUUCCUAUGCCCCUUGUUUUGUUUGGUUAGGGGUUAAGUUAAAGGGUUAAGAGUAGGGUUAGGAGAAAGGUUUAGGGUAAGGGUUAGCUAACAUGCUAAGUAGUUGUAGUUGCUAAAAUGCUAAAGUUGUUUGUGAUGAGAUUCAAACACGCAACCUUAGGCUUGCAAGAUGUUCGCGUUAUACGCCGACCCCGACCAACCACCCUCCUUUAGUUUUUGCCUUAAGUAACUCUCUUUCUUAUGUAACCAUACCAAACAUAAUAUAUUGGAUAUCCAUUUGCUAUGUUACGUCUAGUCUAUGAGACCAGGCUGGAUUUUGAAGUAGCAUGGUUUUCUAAGUUAAAAGCAAAAAUAAAAUAAUUUAAGGAAGUGAAACAUUUGAACUGAAUUGUGGGACAGCGUUAAAAAUGGUGAUUGAACUUGAUUACUGAAACGGUGAUGAUUGAAAACCAUGGCCUAUAAUACAUUUUGUUGUCUGCCUUUGCCUUCACUGUGCCUGCUCAUCCCAGACAUAACACCUGUCACUUUCCACAUUGUGACAUGCAUACCAUUCACAGAGGAAAGUGUAUUUUUGAGCAUCCUUACUCUAAAGCCAAAGGAAAUGUGUACAACUCGACCACAGCUAAACAUGUUUCUGUAGCCAACAUAAAUGUUAAGAUUGCGACACCUUGCCUCUUAUUACCAAAUGUUCAAGAUAAGGCUUCAACUGAGAGGAACAAACUAGUUUAUACACAGUCUCCUCCUACUUGCAGUGUAGGAUAAGUGAGAUACCACAACACCACUUAUCACCAACCUAUAGCAGGCAAGUGGGGGCUGUGACAUUUCAAUAAACCUUUUCAAUAACCAAGUGAACAUCCUCGAGCCUACAGGAAAAGCUCCAGGGGUAUAGAAUAGGGCACACUUAGUGUUAAGUACAGUAAUUGCCAAUAUUAAACUUCCAUUGGAUGGCUGACAGGAUGUCUGGAGGAGAGGUGGCCUACACAGUGUUGGAAGUGCUGAUCGCUGUUGCGUGCUGUCUGGGAAAUGUGCUGGUGAUCUGGGCAGUGUGGUCGAGCAGCAACCUCCGGCAGCCCACCUUCUGUUUUUUGGUUUCUCUGGCUGCAGCUGACUUCCUUGUAGGUUCUGUAGCUGUGCCGCUGGCUGUGCUGGUGGAUGGACGGGUGUACACCUCGUUCAAUGUAUGUCUCUUCAUAAGCUGUGUGGUCGUCAUGUUGACAAUGACUUCGGUCAUGUCUCUGCUAGCCAUCUCUGUGGACAGAUUCCUACGUGUCUUCAUCGCUCUCAGGUACAAGAGGACAGUGACAGAGAGGAAAUCUUGGGUGGUGGUGGCAAUAUGUUGGUUUGUUGCCUUCAUGUUGAGCUUCCCACCCAUGUUUGGGUGGUACAACCGUGACACCUUGUCUCACUCAGGGAACUCAACCACCAUCAUCUGCCGUUUCCUGGAUGUGAUUCCCCUGUCAUACCUGGUUUACUUUUUCUUCUUCCUCUGCACCCUCACUCCGUUGCUUAUCAUGGCUGUCCUGUACUGCUACAUCUUCUGUAUCAUACAAAAGAACCUGAGAGAGAGCGUGGGGAGCGGUACCAAGUCCCACACCUACUUCACGAAGGAGAGGAGCCUUGCCCGAUCCCUGGCUCUGGUCCUGGUGCUCUUCGCUUUUUGCUGGCUCCCUCUGGACAUCAUGAACUGUGUUGCCUACUUUGGUAACCCAUCAGACAUACCCCAACAGGCCUUCUAUAUGGGCAUCCUCCUCUCCCAUGGCAAUUCAGCUGUCAACCCAAUUGUUUAUGCCCUUAAGAUCCGCAAGAUCCAGGAAGCGUACCUGAGGAUCUGGAGGAAGUUCUUUGUGUGUCGAGGUGGCAGUCAGGGCUCUCAGAGCAACCAGACCACUGAAAACAUUAUCAGCAGCAACCCUAACAGUGCAGACAGAAAUAUUGAUGGAAAUGCUAUCCGUGUUAUGAAAAUUGACACAGUUGAAGGUACAGCAUGUUAAUAGUGUAGGAAGACAAUAAAAGUGAUAGUCGCUUAGCUUUUUAUCUUUGGCAAAGUGCAUCAAGACCUAAGAACCUGUAUAAAAAGGGAAAACUACUGCUAGGAUGCCACAUUGACAUAUUUUUAUAUUUGGCAUUUGUUGAAAAAAACUGAAGGGUAAAAAUAGACAGAGGAAGUUUCAAGGAAGUCAAGUAAGUGGGCUCUUACAGGUUUCAUUUUACUCUUAUCAAUUUCCUGUUUAAAGACUCUUGUUUCUUGAAUGUACUGAAUUUUGAUGUAGUGAUUACAUUGCCCAGAAAUGGAAAUAACAUGCACUAUUUGCCAGUUAUCCCCAAAAAUUGUAGGAAAAGAAAUUGCACUCUUUCAAUGAUUUGUCUGCUUCUGCAAUAAAUGUUUA